AUGGCUUUUUGUCACCUCCAAAAAUCAAAAACUAGCUUCUUCCUUCGGGUCAGAAAAACUCGAUCCGAUCAGAAGUAUCCAUCGUAUAUAAUCUCCAAAGGUUUUGCAAUAGUACCGUCAUCUGGUCAGGAUAUACAUUCUACUGGUCGUUGUACAUUAGCUCCUGAUCAGUCAGUCCCUCGACAUGUUUCUCUUGCAUCAUCUAUUCGUUUACGAAACUCUUCUGCUUCGGAACUUCGACAAGAAUUUAUUAAUUUUUUCCGAAGUCAUCAACAUUCAGUGGUAGCACCGGCUUCUGUAUUUCCGAAGCGUCACGAAGGAAGCUAUUUCAUCAAUGCAGGUAUGAACCAAUUUAAAUCAAUUUUUCUCAACCAGUCGGAUAGUAUUUGUUCAGAAUUUAAGCAGUUACGUCGUGCUACGAACUCACAGCCAUGUAUUCGAAUCGGUGGUCGUCAUGAUGAUUUAAAUGAUGUGGGAUAUGAUAGGCAUCAUCAUACAAUGUUUGAAAUGUUGGGCAGUUGGUCGUUCGGGGACUACUAUAAGAAAGGGGCUUGCUCUCAGGUUUGGAAAUUUCUUACUAAGGUGUUAAACCUGCCUACCAAUGCAAUUUACAUAACAUAUUUCGGUGGUGAUCAAAAACUUGGACUUCCUCCAGAUGAUGAGACACGUGAUAUCUGGCUGAACUUGGGGGUGAUGGAUCAAAAAUUAAUGCCAUUCGGUAUCGAAUCAAACUUUUGGCGUGCAAAUCAGUUUAGUGGUGGAGGAUUGUGUGGUCCGUCAACUGAAGUACAUAUAGAUUUCAAAGCACUCUGCGGUGGAGACCAAUUAGACUGCGCACGUUGUUUAGUGAAUACUUCUAGCCCUCAAGUUUUGGAACUGUGGAAUUGUGUUUUCAUAACACAUCGUAUCAUAGCUGAUAACGAUAUGACAGAGAAACAUUUGAAACCUGACCUUCUUCAACCUUUAAAUAAGUCAUUUGUAGAUACUGGAAUGGGACUAGAACGACUAGCAUGUGUGAUGCAGGGAAUGACGUCGAAUUAUGAUUCCUAUGAAAUGAAUAGCUUAAUGGAAUUCAUACACUCAAAGGCAAACUCAUGUAAUCCUUCUGUGCCUGUUUAUCAAGGUUUAUUUUUAUCCAAUCCUCUACAAGAUGUUGAAACUAAAACAGACAAAGAUCAAUCAGAAAUUACUCUAUCUUCUCUGUGGAAUAAAAUAUCUGGAAAAUCUUCGUCUUCUGCUCUCUGUUCAAAAUCACAUCUUGCCCUUGAUCAUUCUUGGAAAAAUUUUAACAUGGACAAUGAUCUUGUUGAUAUGUGGCAUCGAGAUACCGCCUAUCGAGUAUUGGUCGAUCAUAGUCGUGCUUUAGCAUUUGCCUUAUCAGAUGGUUUAUUACCAGGACGUCAAGGUUUACCUCUGAAAAUUCGUCAGCUUAUUCAUCGAGCUUUUCGUGCAUCUGUUUUAAGUGGUCUUGAUACAGAAAUAACUACGUCGGGGAAAUUAAAAUCUCUCCUGGGAGCUUUGGUAUCCGAAGUAGCCAAAAGAGAUGUUCUCAGUCUUCAGUCUUUUUUUAACACAAUGGCUACCAUAAGAGGACCUAGCUGUAGAAAGUCUGAUGCAAUAACUCCGGAACAAAUGGAGUCAAUUAUUAAUGAAGAAGUGACUUCGUUUGCACCUCGUUUAUUUCAUAUGGAAAAUUCGUUUAAUCGAUGUUUGGAAGAAUACACCGAUAGGAGACAACUGUCAGCUGAACAAGUAACUAAAUUAAUGAACGGUGAUUAUGGACAUCAUGUAAGCUGGGAUAUGAUAUGUGCACAAUCAUGUUGGGCUGGUCUUUUACCACCCUUACCAAUCGAAACUAACUCUCCAUCGGACAAGAAUAAACCACUACUGUUUAAAAAUCAGAAACUAGAUUCAAAUGUAAUUUCACGUCAGUUGCAUAAUUUAUGUGUACCGUUUACGGAUGAUUCGUUUAAAUAUAAUUGUUAUGAAAAAUCUGAACUGGAUCUAAAUGCAACUGGACAAUACGAUUUCCCAGAUUGUGAAACAAAAUUACUAGGAUUACUUGCCAUUGGUAAUAAAGAUACAGAUUAUACGUUAAUUACAAAACAAUCUUUAUCGGAUUCAAAUGUCACUUCUGUCAUUCAAAAUCUAUGCGAUGCAUCAAAUAAUGAAAUUGCUAAUAAUUUACUCGGUUUUAUUUUUGAAAAAACUAACUUUUUUACAUCAUGUGGUGGUCAAGACACUGAUACCGGUUUUAUUCACUAUCCUUCUAAGAUUCUCCAAUUUCAAGUUAUUGAAACAACUUUUGUUUCUGAUCCUAUUUCGAAUUCUUCAACUAAUGGUUGGAUUAUACAUUGGUGUCAUAAACCAGAUAAUUUAUUUCCUUCAUUAAAUAAUCUAAAUUUUGAUCAAUCUUUUAUUUUAAGUAUUGAUAAAGAACGUAGAUUUAAUCUUAUGUGUUCACAUACUGGUCAGCAUUUAUUUACAUCAGCUCUAGAGUCAUCAGUGCUAUCGCAUUCUUCAGCAUUCCAACAUAUUGGUGGUACUUCUCACCCCGAUUAUUUCACAGUAAAAGCUGCUAUUAUUGGUUCAGCGUCAGAACUAAUGCAAGAAGAUUUAGGUAAUUUUACAAGACAAUUAGAACAAAAGUGUCAAAAGUUAAUUAAUGAAAAUGGAUUUAUUUCCAUUUGGAAUACAGAAUUGGCACAUGCUUUAAAAGUGAAACAAAUUCGAUACUUCCCUUGGGAGGAAUAUAGUGCAAAAGUACGUACUGUGUGUAUAACAAAACAAAAACAUCCAAUCAAUGAUCAUGAACUAACAGAUUUUAAUUCUGUCAUCUCAGCUGAAUUGUGUGGAGGGACACAUCUUUUUGAGUUAUCUGAUUUACUGGAUAUAGCGGUGGUUGCAGUAAAAGGACGUCAAAAAACAGUCAAAGAAUUCACUUGCAUUUUUGGUCGUUUGGCUAAAUCUGCACAUCAAUGUGCUAAUGAAUUGAUCCAAGAGGGUUUAUCAAGAGAAAAAGAAGCUAUUCAUGAUCCUAAAAAGGCAUCAAUUCAUAUGGAUUGGUAUGAAUCUGUUUUAAAUGAUCCACACUAUACUGGAUUUCUCCCAUUAUAUGCUCGAUUAGCAUUAGAAACCAAUCUUUUCCGUAUCAAUCAUAAAACAGAUAUCAUUGAUACUGACCAUGUCCAAUUAUACAUUGAUAACAUGAAAAUAAUGAUUGGAAAUAAUAACUGUGAAACAUCUCAAGCUGUAAUUUCUCAACUUGAUUUUCAUAGAUUAGAUGAUCUUAUUUUUGCAUUUAUACAACUCAAUACGACUCAACCAUUUGUUGUCUAUAGUAUGAAUUUAGCUAUUUGUUAUUUUCCAAAAUCACAUGCAAAUCAAACAGCUUUGAAUUUGGCGCAUAUGAUAGCCAAACUUUUAUCUACUGAACUUGGAAUAGUGCAUUUAACAGUGAAAGGUCGACCUUUACGUUCUAAUCAUCUAAACAAUGAUGACCGGUAUAAAUAUGCGUUCCUUCAACUUUCACCUACGGCGGAUACUUUUACCACGAUGACUAAGAUGCAACAAUCAUUGGAUUGGAAUGACUAUCAUACGUUGUUGGCAAAAUCUUUCAUUCCCAAAAUAUUUACAAUUCGCAUAUUUGUUUGUAAAUUCCGUAUUUAUAUUAAAACAAUAUACAUUAAAACUUCUGAAAAUGUUACUAACUUCUUUUUAUUGCUGUUAUAG